CCCUCUCUUCCAUUCUGUCACUGCCAUCCCAGCAGAAGGGAGCUACACUGAAUGCUGUGGGUGUCAUACAUUGAAUUUUGUUGGAAUCAAAUCUAACAAAGGACUAUUCUUUCUUCACGGUACCUGACGAAUCAACAAGGGUGAGAGAGCAAGAGGAGAUAUUGCAGCAAUUGUUUACUCAUUCUUUUCAUGUCACAGUGAAUUGAAGCACGUGGUUUGCCAGUGGAUUCUUUCACACAGCAAGACGUGUGGCUUGAUUAGAGACUUUCUUUUCUUCUACUUAGAAAUAGUGUAGAUAUAAAAAUGGUUGCAGGAAUGCUUAUGCCCCUGCGGGACUUGAGGGCAAUUUACGAGGUUCUCUUUCGAGAUGGAGUCAUGGUCGCCAAAAAGGACAAGAGACCCCAGUCCAAGCAUUCUGAGAUUCAUGGAGUGACCAAUUUACAAGUAAUUCGUGCAAUGGGUUCACUUAAGUCCAGAGGAUUUGUGAAGGAGACAUUUGCUUGGAGACAUUUCUAUUGGUACCUGUCCAAUGACGGCAUUGUUUACCUGCGUGACUACCUCCGCCUGCCCAUUGAGAUUGUUCCAGCCUCCUUGCAAAAGUUCAGAAAACCAGCUGCCUCUCUGGCCAUGGUUCAACGAGCUGCUCGGGUCCAAUCUGUUGAAGGUCCAACAUCUUUUGUGCCCAAACCUGGGCGUAGGAAUGAAGCUGAAACUGAAGAAGCAGUGGCAGAACGUCAAAGCUACCGGCAUAUGAUGGGUCGCGGAGACAAAGAGAGCUAUUCUGAUAGAACCCCUAGAUUCAGGGGUCGUCAACUGUCCGCAGAACCUGUCAGGCCCAAGGAAGUUGAUGGCCAGUCUCAUUCUCUGUUUACAAAUGGAAACAAUUUCAGAGCUGAGUCUGUGUCAAUGGAGGUCAGAAGUGUAUCUCAUCAGCAGCCCAAUGUGAGCAUUGAGAAGGCAGUCCCAACAUCACAGAAAAGAAAAGUAACUGAGAUACAAAGGGAGAAGCCAUCUUUGAAAAAUGAUAUGCCACUGACUUCUCUGACAGCAGCAUCUUCCAAAACAGCUCCACUGGAUACUGCGUCUACUGUUGCAGAGGCUACAGGUGCUACAACAGCAAAGAUUAAACUUGAGCCGUCUACUCUUAAAAUUAGUUCAGAUAAGCUGAAGUUUGAUGAAAAUGCUUGUGUAACUAGUAAUGCAUCUCCUCCUGACACAGAUGUCACGCAUGAUGGGAACAAGCAGGCUAUACAUCCAGCUAAAUCUCCCCAGUUAACAGCCAUUGCUGUACCAGCAUCCGAUGAUGCAAAACCAAAAGCUUUGACUGCACAUGCUUUUGCUCAGGAAACUACCAGUCUUUCUACAGAAACUGUCACAGCUACCACCAAACUCACCAAUCAAGAUGUCAAGAAAAAGAUGCGAAAGGGGAACGCGGAUGCAGAGCUUGCCAGAGAUGGAAGACCAGAUAAUACAGUAAAGUCUCAAAUGAAAAUGGCAACUUCUCAGGAAACAUCCAAACUCAUAAUAGGCACCGACAUUCCUGUCACAAAACCUGUCAUAAAAGAUGCCAAAGGAGAACAGGGUAAAGGAGCAAAGGUUAAAGAAGAAUUACCCAAAACGACCACUUUCAAGAGCCAUACUGAGGGUAAAGCAGGCAAUGAAAAGGCCAUAAAAGCAUCCAAAGUAGUUACAGUUCAGGAGAGUGCCAAAACUGAAACAGAUCACAGUGUGACCAAACCAGUUGUGUCUGUGAACGAACCAGACAUCCCGAAAAGCAAAAAAACCCAGGAGCUUCUUGUUUCUAACGUAAAACUCCCAGCUAAGUCCAAAAAUGAAGACAUCUGUGAUAAUGCACCACUGGAGUCUUCACCAAUCGAAGUAAAAAAGGCUGUCCGUAUACCGAGUACUGAGAAGGCAAAACUUCCAGAGCAAGUUUCUCCAUCGAUGCAAAUAGUCACUUCUUCUGAGCUCAGUCAGACCACUCUGCCCACAGAAGUGACUACUGAGAACAAACAAGUGGCUGAAGGAAGUUCAAAAUCAAAGCGAAAAAAAAAGAAAUCUCAAGUGGAGAAAACCAAGAAUAUCAGUGCUGAGGAGACACCUGACACAAGUGUGGGAGAAAAAAAAGUCAACACCAGUGACGAAAACCAUACCGAACCCAGGAUAUCAAACACGGGACCAUCCUCUGCACGAGCAGAUAAGACUGAGCCUAAAAUAAAAGAUGAAAGAGAAGUAGCUGAUGGUGCUAGACAAAUGUCUGUGGAAAAAUUGGGGGAAACCCCUAAACAAACAGAAAUACCACUAGACCAUACUGCAGCAGCACUCCCAGUGAGUCAUCUCAAAGCUGCACAAAUUAAAGAUCUGACACCUCACAUGGACUCUGAGAAAAGUGAGGGAAUGAUAGCUGCUAAAGUGGAAAUGGUGACAGUGCAGAAAGAAAUGGUACCACCAGUACAAAAAAGUACCAAACCUAACAAGAAAACCCCUGAAAAAAUGUCAAAAUCUGGAGAGGAAUUAUCAAACAGCGGUAAUGUUACGGUGCAAGUGACUAAUACUGUAUCCUCGACCCUAAGCAAAAAACCUGAAGCUGAAGCAUUGAAAGUCACUGACGUGACUGCAUUCAAUGGGGACAGAGAUAAAGACACCUCUAGUGUGACCUCUGAACUGGAAAAACGUAACGUUUCUCCAAAAACGACUCCUGAAAGAAUGCGUAGUGAGGAAACCAGACAGGCUGCAGCUGCGCUCUCUGAGGCCCCAGCAGACAAAGGAGGGGUGGAGCCAGUGCUGCUUUUUCCAAAAAAAAUAAAGCAGGAGGUUCCGAAAGCAAAAACAUCCUCCACUGUUAGGGAAGCACCCGAAGCCAAAGAAUUAGCGUCAGCAGAGCCAGUGGUAAUAGCAGAGGCAGCUGUAGCUCAGGCCCAGGCCGGCCCCCUUGUCAAGCAAGAGGAGCCUCCCAUAGUUGCGCAACAUUCAGCCACUCCAGCAGCAGAGCGCAGCACAGAGUAUACGCACUCUGUGUCGGUGGCCUUACAACAGGAGGAAGAGAAGAAGAGGGACUUGGAAAAGGACACACCCUCCGCCACUGCAACACCCGCUAGUGCCCAACCUCACUCGGGGGACACCUGUCUGUCCGUGGAAACAGACGACGGCAACAUGAAGAGGAAGAUUGUAGUCGUUGAAGAGGUAGUUGAAGUCAAGCAGCUGGUUAGUCCUGGAGCAACAGGAGAGCAAGCACCUCCACAGCCUGUGCAACCUGAGGCAGAAGACGAUGAGUUGGACCUGGAUGUUCUGGAAGAAAUCGCCAUUGAACGGUCACUUUUGUCCGGGGCAGCGUGUGGCAUGGUGCAUGCCACCCCACCUGAGGCAGACUGGGACCACUCUUUGGGGGAGCCAGAGGAGAAGACCUGGCCUAACUUCAUAGAAGAUGAACGAGAUCGAGUCCAGAAAAAGACCUUCACAAAAUGGGUGAACAAGCACCUGAUUAAGCCCUGGAGGGCAGAGUCCCAGCGUCAUAUAUCCGACCUGUACGAGGACCUUCGAGAUGGACAUAACUUGAUCUCAUUGCUGGAGGUCCUCUCUGGAGAAAAACUGCCCAGAGAGAAAGGCCGCAUGAGAUUCCACAAGCUGCAGAAUGUACAAAUAGCACUGGACUUUCUCAAGCACCGCCAGGUCAAGUUGGUCAACAUCAGGAACGAUGACAUCGCAGACGGGAACCCCAAGCUGACCCUUGGGUUAAUAUGGACCAUCAUUCUCCACUUCCAGGUCUCCUCCGCUAUCUCCGAUAUUCAGGUCAAUGGCCAAUCUGAGGACAUGUCAGCCAAGGAGAAGCUGCUUCUCUGGUCCCAGAGGAUGACCGAUGGCUACCAAGGCCUCCGUUGUGACAAUUUCAGCACCAGCUGGAGAGAUGGGAAGCUCUUCAACGCCGUCAUACACAAGCACUAUCCCAGGCUCAUCGACAUGGGCAGAGUCUAUCAACAAAGCAACCUGGAGAACCUUGAACAGGCUUUCCACGUUGCUGAGAAAGAUCUGGGCGUGACACGUCUUCUGGACCCAGAAGAUGUCGAUGUUGCACACCCAGAUGAGAAAUCCAUCAUCACAUAUGUGUCGUCCUUGUACGAUGUCAUGCCUCGGGACGUAAUGAGAACUAAUGAUUUGGAGCUGCGCUGGCAGGAGUACUAUGAGUCCAUGACUCUUCUGCUCCAGUGGAUCCGCCACCAUGUCAUGAUCUUCGAGGAGAGGAAGUUCCCAGCCAGCUAUGAGGAGAUAGAGCUUCUUUGGCGUCAAUUCUUGAUGUUCAAGGAGAAGGAGCUACCAGUGAAAGAGACCGAUAAGAACCGCUCCAAACAGCUCUACCAGUCAUUCGAGGGUGCAGUACACUCUGGCCUGGUAAAAGUCCCACCAGGCUACCAUCCUAUCGAUGUGGAGAAAGAUUGGGGACGACUCCAUGUGUCCAUGCUGGAGAGAGAGCGACUGCUGAGGACUGAGUUUGAAAGACUUGAGAGACUACAGAGGAUUUUCAGCAAAGUCCAGAUGGAGUCAGGGAGGUAUGAUGACCACUUCAGCCACCUCGAGACUCUGCUGCAGACGGAUAUGCGUCUACUGAAUGCUGGCAAACCAGCUCAGCACACGGCAGAACUCGAGCGUGAGAUGGACAGAGCUGACAAUGUAGUGCGUCUGCUCUUCAAUGAUGUGCAGACCCUUAAGGACGGGCGGCACCCACAGGCUGAGCAAAUGUACCGCAGGGUGUACUCCCUUCACGAGCGCCUGGUCAACUUGCGCAGCGAUUACAACCUUCGUCUGAAGACUGCCCAGGUUGCCUUUAACCAGACCACCGUGAACACAACUACCCUGAAAGUACGGUCUGAUUUGGACGACGUGACCCUGCGCUAUGUGCAAGAUCUUCUGGCCUGGGUGGAAGAGAACCAACGGCGUAUCGAUGACGGAGAAUGGGGAUCCGACCUGCCUUCUGUGGAGUCACAGUUGGGCAGCCACAGAGGUCUGCAUCAGACAGUAGAGGAAUUCAAAUCAAAGAUUGAACGUGCAAAGGCUGAUGAGAGUCAAUUAUCCCCUGCAAGCAAAGGUGCUUACAGAGAGUACCUGGGCAAACUGGACCUUCUGUAUGGCAAACUACUGAACUCUUCAAAGUCCCGUAUGAGAAACUUGGAUUCGCUGCAUGCAUUUGUCAGCGCAGCCACCAAGGAGCUCAUGUGGUUGAAUGACAAAGAGGAAGAGGAAGUCAACUUUGACUGGAGCGAUAGGAACACCAACAUGACCGCCAAGAAAGACAACUACUCGGCUCUCAUGCGUGAGUUGGAGCAGAGAGAGAAAAAAGUCAACGAUAUCCAGACUAUAGGAGACAAACAUGUCAAGAAUGGUCAUCCUGGCAAGAACACAGUGGAGGCAUUCACGAGUGCCCUGCAGACUCAGUGGAGCUGGAUCCUCCAGCUGUGCUGCUGUAUUGAGGCUCAUCUUAAAGAGAACACAGCUUACUAUCAGUUCUUUGCUGACGUAAAAGAAGCUCAGGACAAGCUGAAGAAAUUGCAGGAGACCAUGAACAAGAAAUACAGCUGUGAUCGCUCCACCACAGCCACACGCCUUGAGGACCUCCUGCAAGACGCUGUGGAGGAGAAAGAACAGCUCAACGAAUUCAAAACUCACGUGAACGGCCUCAACAAGAGAGCUCGCUCCAUUAUCCAGCUGAAACCACGCAACCCGACAACGUCCAUCAAAGGAAAACUCCCCAUUCAAGCCGUCUGUGACUUCAGACAACAAGAGAUUACCGUUCAUAAAGGAGACGAGCACGCGCUCCUCAACAAUUCCCAGCCUUUCAAAUGGAAGGUGUUGAGUCACACCGGACAAGAGGCAGUUGUGCCUUCUGUUUGCUUCUUGGUACCACCCGUCAACAAGGACGCCAUGGACAGUGUGUCCGGGCUGGAUACAGGUCACCAGAAGAUGGUGUCCAUGUGGCAGAUCUUGUACAUCAACAUGAAGAGUCUGCUCUCUUGGCAAUACCUGAUGAGGGACUUUUCGCAGAUUCGCACAUGGAACAUCACAACGUUAAAAUCAAUGAAACCAGAUGAAUAUCGACAAAUGAUGAGGAACCUGGAAAUCCACUACCAAGACUACAUGCGUGACAGCAAGGACUCUCAGCUCUUCGGACCUGACGACCGCGUGCAAGUGGAGGACGACUACGCCAAAUCCACCCAGCACUUUGACAGCCUACUUCGCUCCUUGGAGGAAGGACGAAAAGUUGUUAGGAUCAAAGGUCAACAAAAUGAGUCUCUGUGUAAGAACUACAUCACUGAGCUCAAAGACCUGCGUCUGCGAAUUGAGGACUAUGAGGCCCAGACUGUGGCUCGCAUACGCAAACCGAUGGAAAAGGAACCUCUGAAAGAAUGUGUUCAGAAGACAGUUGACCAAAAGAAAGUACAAGUCGAGGUUGAUGGCCUCAAGAUGGACCUUCAGAAGAUGUCAGCGAGAGCACAGGAGAUCUUAAAAUCCUCUCAGAAUUUUGCUUCUUCUCCUGUGCUGCGGUCUGAGCUUGACCUCACCGUGCAGAAGAUGGAUCACACGCACGCGCUCUCUUCCGUUUAUCUGGAGAAGCUUAAGACUCUGGAAAUGGUCAUCCGGAACACUAAGGGUGCAGAGGGGGUCCUUAAGCAGUAUGAGGAUUGCCUGCGUGAAGUCCACACUGUGCCGGGUGACGCCCAGGCAGUGGAGACAUACCGUGGAAAGCUUAAGAAAAUGAGAACAGAGGCCGAGGCGGAACAGCCCGUGUUUGAUUCCCUUGAAGAAGAACUCAAGAAAGCCACUACUGUGAGUGACAAGAUGAGUCACGUGCACAGUGAGCGGGAUGCGGAGCUGGACCACUACCACCAGCUCCAUUCCAGCGUUCAGGACCGCUGGAAGGCCAUGUUCGCGCAGAUUGACCUUCGCCAGAGAGAGCUGGAGCAGCUCGGCCGCCAGCUGGGUUAUUACCGGGAGAGUUACGAUUGGCUCAUCACUUGGAUAGCAGACGCCAAGCAAAGACAAGAAAGGAUCCAGACCGUGCCCAUCACUGACUGCAAGACUCUGAAAGAGCAACUGGCACUGGAGAAGAAAUUACUGGAGGAGAUUGAGAAAAACAAAAGCAAAGUUGAUGAGUGUCAGAAAUACGCCAAAGCAUAUAUCCACAUAAUCAAGGACUCUGAACUCCAGAUGGUUGCCUACAGAGCACAAGUAGAGCCCAUGGCUUCUCCUUUGAAGAAAACCAAACUAGAUUCUACAUCUGAUAACAUCAUUCAGGAGUAUGUGACACUGAGGACCCGCUACAGUGAGCUGAUGACUCUGACUAGUCAGUACAUCAAGUUCAUCACUGAUGCACAGCAACGCCUGGAGAACGAGGAGAAAGUUGCAAAGAAACUCAAAGCAGAAGAACAGAAAAAAAUGGCUGAGAUGCAGGCUGAAUUAGACAAACAGAAGCAAUUAGCUGAAGCUCAUGCAAAGGCCAUUGCCGAGGCAGAAAAAGAGGCGCAAGAGUUGAAGCUUAAAAUGCAGGAAGAAGUUAGCAAGAGAGAUGUCGCUGCAGUAGAUGCGGAAAAGCAAAAGCACAAUAUUCAACAGGAACUCCAAGAGCUCAAAAAUCUUUCAGAGCAGCAGAUCAAAGACAAAAGUCAACAAGUGGAUGACGCUCUUCAAAGUCGAGUAAGGAUUGAAGAGGAAAUCCGCCUCAUCAGAAUCCAACUUGAGACAACAGUUACACAAAAAUCUACUGCAGAAUCUGAGCUAAAGCAACUUCGUGACAGAGCGGCUGAAGCUGAGAAACUUAGGAAGGCUGCCCAAGAAGAAGCCGAAAAGCUACGCAAACAAGUCCGUGAAGAGAGCCAAAAAAAGCUCAUGGCUGAGGAGGAACUCAAAUUAAAAUCUGAGGCAGAAAAGGAAGCUGCACGCCAAAAGCAAAAAGCCCUGGACGACCUUGAAAUGCUGAAAAUGCAGGCGGAGGAGGCAGAAAGGCAAGUUAAGCAGGCCGAGAUUGAAAAAGAAAGACAAAUCAAGGUUGCUCAUCAAGCAGCCCAGAAGAGUGCUGCCGCUGAACUCCAGAGCAGACACACUUCCUUUGUGGAAAAGACCUCCAAACUAGAAGAAUCCCUCAAACAAGAGCAUGGAGCUGUCCUUCAGUUGCAACAAGAAGCUGCACUUCUGAAGAAACAACAUGAAGAUGCAGAAUUGGCUCGGGAAGAUGCAGAAAAAGAACUUGAGAAAUGGAGGCAAAAGGCUAACGAGGCCCUCCGCCUAAGGCUCCAGGCUGAGGAAGAAGCUCACAAAAAGAACCUUGCGCAGGAAGAAGCUGAGAAACUAAAGGAGGAGGCAGAGCGGGAGGCUAGAAAGAGGUCCAAAGCUGAAGAGUCAGCCUUGAAGCAGCGAGACAUGGCAGAGAAAGAACUGGAGAGGCAGAGAAAGAUGGCUGAGAGUACUGCUGAGCAGAAACUUGCUGCAGAACAAGAGCUGAUUCGUCUCAGGGCAGACUUUGACAAUGCAGAACAGCAGAGAUCCUUGCUGGAAGAUGAACUGUAUCGUCUCAAAAAUGAAGUUAUUGCAGCACAACAACAAAGGAAGCAGCUAGAAGAUGAACUAGCCAAAGUGAGAAGUGAAAUGAAUAUACUCAUUCAGCUUAAGUCCAAGGCGGAAAAGGAGACCAUGUCCAACACUGAGAGGAGCAAACAGCUUCUUGAGGCGGAGGCUGCCAAGAUGAGGGACCUUGCUGAUGAGGCCGGCAAGCUGAGAGGCAUUGCAGAGGAGGCCAAGCAUCAACGGCAAGUUGCUGAAGAAGAGGCAGCUCGUCAGAGAGCAGAAGCCGAGAGGAUCCUCAAAGAGAAGCUGUUAGCUAUCAGUGAAGCCACCCGUUUGAAAACUGAAGCGGAAAUUGCUCUGAAGGAAAAGGAAGCAGAAAAUGAGAGACUGCGUAGACACGCUGAAGAUGAGGCUUACCAGAGAAAAGCAUUGGAAGACCAAGCCAACCAACACAAGCAAGCAAUUGAAGAGAAGAUCCUUCAACUGAAAAAAUCUUCUGAGGAUGAAAUGGAACGACAAAGAGCUAUAGUAGAUGACACACUUAAGCAAAGGCGAGUUGUCGAAGAAGAAAUCAGAAUCCUCAAGCUCAACUUUGAAAAAGCUUCAUCAGGAAAACUAGAUCUGGAACUCGAACUAAACAAGCUAAAAAAUAUUGCAGAGGAAACUCAACAAAGCAAGUUCAGAGCAGAGGAAGAGGCUGAAAAGCUGAGAAAGCUUGCCCUCGAGGAAGAGAGGAAGAGGAAGGAAGCUGAGGAGAAGGUUAGGAAAAUCACCGCCGCAGAGGAAGAUGCAGCUCGACAACGCAAGGCCGCUCAGGAGGAACUUGAGCGUUUGAAAAAGAAAGCUGAAGAAGCCAAAAAGCAGAAGGACGAGGCUGACAAAGAAGCAGAAAAACAGGUCGUGGCAGCCCAACAAGCAGCCCUGAAAUGCAGUGCUGCGGAACAGCAAGCCCAAAGUGUUUUGGCUCAACAGAAAGAAGACAGCCUCACGCAGAAGAAACUCAGGGAAGAGUAUGAAAAAGCCAAGAUGCUCGCAAAACAGGCUGAGGCUGCAAAGGAGAAGGCAGAACGAGAAGCAGCACUUCUCCGUCAGCAAGCAGAGGAAGCAGAGCGGCAGAGAGUGGCUGCUGAGUUAGAAGCCACAAACCAAGCCAAAGCCCAAGAGGAUGCUGAGAGGCUUAGGAAAGAGGCCGAAUUUGAAGCUGCUAAACUUGCUCAAGCUGAAGCUACGGCACUGAAGCAAAAGCAACAAGCUGAUGCGGAAAUGGCAAAACACAAAAAACUGGCAGAGCAGACACUGAAACAGAAGUUCCAAGUAGAACAAGAGCUCACAAAGGUUAAACUUCAGCUUAAUGAGACUGACAAUCAAAAAUGUCUCCUUGAUGACGAGCUCCAGCGCUUGAAGGAUGAGGUUGAAGACGCUGUCAAACAAAGGGCACAGGUCGAAGAUGAACUGUUUAAAGUCAAAGUUCAAAUGGAAGAGCUGCUCAAGCUUAAAAUGAAAAUUGAGGAAGAAAAUCAGCGCCUCAUUAAAAGAGACAAAGAUAACACUCAAAAAUUCCUUGCAGAGGAAGCUGAAAAUAUGAAACAGCUUGCUGAAGAUGCUGCAAGACUAAGUGUCGAAGCCCAGGAGGCCGCUCGCCAAAGACAGAUUGCUGAAGAUGACCUGAGUCAUCAACGAGCUCUUGCAGACAAAAUGCUCAAAGAGAAAAUGCAGGCCAUACAGGAAGCAUCCAAAUUUAGAGCUGAAGCUGAAAGGCUUCAAAAGCAGAAGGACCUGGCUCAAGAACAAGCACAAAAGCUGCUCGAGGAUAAACAGCUCAUGCAGCAGCGUCUAGAUGAGGAAACGGAGGAAUACCAGAAGUCCCUUGAAGCGGAAAGAAAAAGGCAACUCGAGAUUGUAGCGGAGUCCGAAAAACUUAAACUCCAAGUUUCUCAGCUCAGCGAAGCCCAGGCCAAAGCCGAAGAAGAGGCCAAAAAAUUCAAGAAACAAGCGGAUGCAAUCGCGUCCCGUCUUCAUGAGACUGAAAUUGCCACCAAAGAAAAAAUGACCACUGUUCAAAAACUGGAAGUUGAAAGACAAAGUACCAGCAAAGAAGCAGAGGAAUUACGCUACUCAAUCAAAGUCCUUGAGGAGGAGAAGGCUAGACUGAAAAAAGAGGCUGAGGAACUUCAAAAUAUGUCUAAAGAGAUGGCUGAUGCCCAGCAGAAACAAAUUGAGCAUGAGAAGAUAUUGCUUCAGCAAACAUUCCUUACAGAAAAAGAAAUGCUGUUAAAGAAGGAGAAGCUCAUUGAAGAUGAGAAAAAGAAAUUAGAAAGCCAGUUUGAAGAGGAAGUCAAAAAGGCUCAAGCUCUCAAAGAUGAACAGGAACGGCAGAGACUGCAGAUGGAGGAAGAGAAGAAGAAACUACAGGCUACCAUGAAUGCAGCUCUUGAUAAACAAAAAGAAGCUGAAAGGGAGAUGCUUAACAAGCAAAGAGAAAUGCAGGACCUGGAAAAGAAAAGAUUGGCGCAAGAAAGAAUCCUUGAAGAAGAGAACCAGAAACUGCGCGAGAAACUGCAGCGGAUGGAGACUGUCACUGUGGUCGAUAAUGUUCUUAAUGGACAAAAUGCCACUGAACUAGACAGUGCCAUGAAGAAAGUAGAUCCCUUAUCUUUUGAUGGUAUUCGUGAAAAGGUCCCGGCAAUCAGACUUCAAGACUUGGGUCUUUUACCAAAGAAAGAUUUUGAUAAGCUUAAAAAUGGUAAAACUACAGUUCAAGUACUUGGUGAGACUGAACAUCUCAAAACAAUUCUUAAAGGAAAGAACAGCAUUGCAGGCAUUUUGACACCAUCCAAAAAAAUAACAUCAAUCUACCAAGCAUCCAGAGAGAAAAAAAUUACUCCGGGCACAGCCAUGGUACUUCUUGAAGCUCAGGCAGCAUCUGGUUACAUGCUAGACCCCAUUAAGAAUCAGAAAUAUACUGUUAAUGAGGCUGUCAAGGAAGGCUUGAUUGGCCCUGAGCUGCAUAAUAAAAUGCUUUUAGCUGAGAGGGCAGUUAUUGGUUACAAAGACCCAUACACUGGUUGCAAGAUAUCUGUCUUUGAAGCUAUGAAGAAGGGUCUGAUAGAACAUGAUCAUGCCAUCAGAGUUCUUGAGGCUCAACUUGCAACAGGGGGCAUUAUUGAUCCUGUCAAUAGUCACCGAGUACCCAAUGAAGUGGCCUUUAAACAGGGACUCUAUGAUGUGGAAAUGAACAAGGGUAUGGAAAAACCCUCAGAAAAUGCAAAGGGUUACUUUGAUCCCAGCACUCAGGAACCAUUGACGUAUUCUGAAUUAAUGACGAGAUGUUGCACUGAUCCGGACACUGGCAUGCUGCUUUUGCCAAUCACAGAUAAAGCUGCUCAAUGCUCCAGCAUGUACACAGAAGAAGAGACCAAGGAUGUGUUCAACAAAACAACUGUAUCUGUUCCAUUUGGAAGAUUCAAGGGAAAAACCGUGACCAUUUGGGAAAUAAUCAAUUCUGAAUACUUCACUGACGACCAAAAGAAAGACCUUCUUCGUCAGUACAAGACAGGGAAGAUCACAAUCGAAAAACUAAUUAAAAUUGUGAUCACUGUGGCAGAAGAAAAAGAGAAGAAGAACGAAAUUAACUUCAGUGGUCUUCGAGCACCUGUUCCUGCCUCUGAGCUCCUUGAGUCCAAAAUUAUUGAUAAAGACCUGUACAACAAAUUGCAGAAGGGCAAUAAAACUGUCAAAGAGGUCUCUGCAAUGCAACCUGUCCACAAAGCUCUUAAGGGCACAAAUUGCAUUGCAGGUGUAUAUACUGAGUCCACAAAGGAAAUAAUGUCCUUCUAUAAGGCCAUGAAGAAGGACAUAAUGAGAGCUGGUCCUGCCUUACAUAUGCUUGAAGCUCAAGCAGGAACAGGCUAUGUGGUUGACCCAUUAGAAAAUCAGAAGUACACUGUUGAUGAAGCUGUAAAAGCUGGUGUUGUUGGCCCAGAGCUUCAUGAAAAGCUUCUAAGUGCAGAAAGAGCAGUUACAGGUUACAAAGACCCAUAUACUGGAAAGACAGUGUCUCUGUUUCAAGCAAUGAAAAAGGAGCUUAUUCCUUUAGAGCAAGGAAUCAGACUACUUGAUGCACAGAUGGCCACUGGUGGCAUCAUUGAUCCGGUCAAGAGCCAUCACAUUCCUCAUGAUGUUGCCUGCAAGAGAAAAUAUUUUGAUGAUGACAUGAAGCAGAUUCUAAGCAAUCCAACUGAUGAAAUUAAGUGUUUCUUUGACCCCAACACAAAAGAAAAGGUCACAUAUGCGCAGCUCUUCCAGACUUGUGUAACUGAUGAGAAAACUGGUCUCCCGCUUCUACUUCUCACAGAUGAAGCAAUUAACGCAAAGGAAGAGCCAACACUUACCGAAGCCCAGACAAAAGAAGCUAUGACUCAAGCAAGUGUUGAGCUUGAGUCCGGACCAUUCAAGGGAAGGAAGAUGACCGUUUGGGAUCUUAUCAAUUCUGGAUAUCUAACUGAGGAACAGAGACUUGAACUCCUCAGACAAUUUAGAUCAGGAAAGAUAACAAUUGAAAAGAUCAUUAAGAUUGUCAUCACAAUUAUAGAAGAACAGGAGGCUAAAAAACGAGAGCAGCUAAGCUUCAAGGGUCUCAGAUCACCUGUACCUGCAGAUUCUCUGUAUGAUUCCAAAAUAAUUGACAAGUCAACAUUUGUUCGUCUUCAGCAAGAAAAAACAACACCUAAACAAGUCAGUGAGAAUCCUAAUGUCAACAAAUACCUCCAGGGAUCAGACAGCAUUUCUGGCAUCUUUUUAGAACCCACUAAAGAAAAAACAAGCAUAUAUCAAGCUAUGAAGAAAAAUCUGAUCAGACAUAACACCGGCCUUGCUCUUCUCGAGGCUCAGGCUGCAACAGGGUUCAUUGUAGAUCCUGUUAAAAAACAGUUUCUGACCGUAGAUGAAGCUGUAAAAUCAGGACUUGUUGGCCCAGAGCUACAUGAGAAACUACUCUCUGCAGAAAAGGCUGUCACAGGAUACAAAGAUCCAUUUACGGGAAACAAAAUCUCUCUCUUUGAAGCUAUGCAAAAAGAUCUCAUUUUGAAAGAGCAAGCGAUGCCGUUCUUAGAGGCACAAAUGGUCACUGGAGGAAUAAUUGACCCUGUAAACAGCCAUCGUGUACCAAUGGAUGUUGCAUUCGACAACAACAUUUUCAGUCAGGAAGUGGCCAAUGUUCUAGCUCAGCCAUCCAACGAUAACAAGGUUUUUACAGACCCAGAAACGGAUGAAAAUGUUACAUAUAGGCAGCUUAAAGACAAGUGUAAAAGGGAUCCAGAGACAGGUCUGUGUAUCCUUCCACUCUCAAAACCUCAGUCUCCUACAGUUGUCGAAAAGACAUACCUCUACACAGAGGAGGAAACACAAAGUGACCUGAACAAAACUCCAAUUGACCUUCCCAUUGAGGGCCUAGCUGAUAAAUCUAUGAGUAUCUGGGAUGUCAUGAACUCAAAUUUGAUUCCAGAGCAGCAGAGGCAAAAGCUUAUGGAGGAAUAUCGUUUAGGUAACCUUACCAAAGAGCGAAUGGUAAUCAUUAUCAUUGAGAUCAUGGAGCAAAGAGAGAUCAUCCGAAAUGAGAAUCCUCUGUCAUGUAAGACAAUGCGAAGACGAGUUACUAUUGAGGAGCUGUACAAUGCCCGCAUCAUUGAUUUGGAGACAUACAACCUUCUCAAACAAGGGAAAAGAGAUAUCCGUGACAUACUGGAGUUGAGUAGUGUGAAACAUUAUUUGUAUGGCACGGGCUGUGUUGCUGGGGUCACAACUGACAAAAGUGCCAAGAUUAGCAUAUACCAAGCAAUGAACAGAGGAUUUCUUAAACCUGAAAUUGCCCUCAACCUUUUGGAAGCACAAGCAGCAACAGGAUACAUUGUCGAUCCUGUAAGGAAUGAGAGGCUCACUGUUGAUGAAGCUGUUCGCAAGGGUGUGGUUGGCCCUGAGAUCCAUGACAAACUACUUUCUGCUGAGAGAGCAGUUACGGGAUACAAAGAUCCAUACAGUGGAAAAGUCAUAUCUCUUUUCCAGGCAAUGAAGAAAGACCUUGUUCCAGAGGAUUACGCCCUGGCAAUGUUAGAGGCGCAGUCUGCCACUGGAGGCAUAAUUGAUCCUGAAUUUCAGUUCCACCUACCAGAAGACAUUGCUAUGCAGAGAGGUUAUAUCAACAAGGAGACCAAUGAAAGACUCACUGAUAACAAAGGAUUUGUUGACCCUGUCACUGAUGAAGCAUUGUCCUAUGCACAGCUGCUUAAGAGAUGCCAGUUAGAAAGCGGAUACCGUCUUCUCUCUCUGGGAGACAAAAGGCUCGUGUUCAAGGGUAUUAGAAAACAAAUCACAAUAGAUGAGUUGAUCCGUUCGCAAAUUAUUGACCAGAAAACCGUUAAUGAACUGAAUGAGGGUCUUGUUAGUGUUGAUGAGAUCAGUAAUAGGUUAUCAAAGUACCUUGAGGGCACAAGCUGUAUUGCUGGUGUAUACAUUGAAAACAGUAAGGAGUGUCUGUCAAUCUAUCAGGCCAUGAAGAAGAACCUGAUCAGACCAGGUACUGCGUUUGAACUCCUUGAGGCCCAGGCAGCCACAGGCUAUGUAAUUGACCCAAUCAAAAACCUCAAGCUAACUGUCAAUGAAGCAGCAAAAAUGGGAAUUGUUGGUUCAGAAUUUAAAGACAAGCUUCUUUCUGCUGAGCGGGCAGUAACAGGCUAUAGGGAUCCAUACUCAGGCAAGACAAUCUCUCUCUUCCAGGCCAUGAAAAAAGGACUAAUCCUGAAAGAUCACGGAAUCCGUCUCCUGGAGGCUCAGAUAGCCACUGGUGGAAUCAUUGACCCAGAAGAAAGCCACCGUUUGCCAGUUGAGAUGGCCUAUGAACGUGGCUUCUUUGAUGAAGAAAUGAAUGAAAUUCUGACCGAUCCAUCUGAUGACACCAAAGGCUUCUUUGAUCCCAACACUGAAGAAAACCUUACAUACCUGCAGCUCAUGGAGAGGUGCAUUACUGAUCCUCAAACUGGACUGGUUCUUCUUCUACUAAAACAAAAGAAACGGGAGAGAAAGACCUCGUCCAAAUCAUCAGUUCGUAAACGCAGGAUUGUUAUAGUAGACCCAGACACAGGCAAAGAAAUGACUGUCUAUGAGGCCUACAGGAAGGGACUUAUUGAUCACCAGACCUAUUUGGAGCUUGCUCAACAAGAAUGCGAAUGGGAAGAAAUCACUAUGACGUCCUCUGAUGAUACAGUCAAAUCUGUUCUUAUUGACAAGAAGUCAGGCAGACAAUAUGACGUUGAUGAUGCUUUGGCACGUGGCCUCAUUGACCAGAAUUGUCUGGAAUCAUAUCGAGCUGGAAACCUGUCCAUCACAGAGUUUGCUGACAUGCUGUCUGGAAACAUGGGAGGCUUCCGGUCUCGGACAUCAUCCUUUGGUUCAACCACUUGCUCUGAUUUCUCUUCCCCAAUGAGCCCAAUACCUUCCAUAAAACCACCUGCAGUCAUAUGGAAUGACCCAACAGAGGAGACCGGCCCUAUUGCUGGAAUACUGGAUACAGACACAUUGGAAAAGGUAUCCAUCACUGAGGCCAUGCACAGAAACUUGGUAGACAACAUAAGCGGCCAAAGAUUGUUGGAAGCCCAAGCCUGUACUGGAGGAAUAAUUGACCCUUCAAGCGGGGAGAGAUUUUCAAUUGCUGAUGCGGCAGAAAAAGGUCUUGUGGACAAAAUCAUGGUUGAGCGUCUGAACGUGGCUCAAAAAGCAUUCAAUGGAUUUGAAGACUCCAGAAGUAAAGAAAAGAUGUCUGCCUCCCAAGCUUUGAAGAAGGGCUGGUUGUAUUACGAGGCCGGGCAGCGCUUCCUUGAGGUACAAUAUCUGACUGGUGGACUUGUUGAGCCAGGUGUCGAAGGAAGAGUCUCACUGGAUGAUUCGAUUAAGAAGGGUACCAUCGAUGCCCGCACAGCACAAAAACUAAGAGAUGUCAGUACCUACUCAAGAUAUCUAACAUGUCCAAAAACAAAACUCAAAAUAUCUUUUAAAGAUGCCAUGGAUAGAAGCAUGGUUGAAGAAGGAACUAGUAUCAGGCUUCUGGAGGCCUCCUCGCAGUCCAGCAAAGGCCUCUACAGUCCCUACAAUGUCAGCGGCUCUGGAUCUGCUUAUGGCUCACGAACCGGUUCAAGGACAGGAUCCCGAUCAGGAUCUAGAAGAGGCAGUAUUGAUGCAGGCUCUGUUUUCAGUGCGAACUUCUCAUCCUCUUCCUUUACUUCAUCCUCCUCAACUGGCUACAGCCGCAGAUUUUAAAUGACUACAUUAAUCUCUCAGAGCAUCGUUCUUUUUUGACAUUAGAAUCAACAACAGCAAUACAUUAACUUCAGCGAAAACAGUUUUAUUUACAAACAAAUUCAUUUAUUUAUUUUUCACCAGCAUGUGGUCAAAUCAAGCCUUACCUUAGUUAUCCAUUUCAUCCCUCUACAACAAUGUCAAGAGAAUUUUAAUGUUUUAUAGUAUGAAUUAACAAGUCAGCAUGUAGUAUACCCAAGCAUGACAUUUCCGCUUCUUCAAAGUAGCUUCGUAGCUCGUAUUUUAUGCCUUUUUAAAAAAAGUUGUAUUGUUGUUUUCUGAACUAAUAUAUGCUGUCUGUAUAUCAAACUGAAAUUGAUUUCCAGUAUUCCCAGUUUUGUUUUUUGUUUUCUUUCAAUAGUUUUUAUUUUGUUGUCCUUUUUUGACACUAUUUCUUUUUAAGAUGCAUAAUUCAUAUGUUUCGUGACAAAACUACAUAGAUGUCCCAUUGCCUUAAAAUGCAUGAUUGGAUUGUGUAUUUGCAGUAUCAAACUAAACACUAAAAAUGAGACAGCACAAGCAUACUGAAAAAAAUGUCAGAAUUAAAGUUAUGCCAUCAAAAGUGUUUGUUAUACUUUGUAUUUUUCAUAAAGUGGACUUGCAUACUUUGUCUUCAUUACACACUCCAUGUUCAUCUUCAUCGAGUCUCCCUGGCCCAACCCUAAGAUGGUGUCAGUUGAUCCUGCCCUUCCCCCCACCAUGCAGAACUGCCUACUUUUAAUUUGGUUUCUCUCAGAGUCCAAACUCUCAGCGCAGACACCUGGAUGGCCCAAGUUUAUGAACGGGAUGGAUUCUCAGAUCUGCAUGAACGUCCCAUAGUAGCGCAGAGAGCUGAGGCAGUCAAGCUGACACCACCUUGGAUCCCCAUUUGGCAGGCUGAGACACAAAAUAAUCAAAGAUUGGCCUUCAAUCACACUCACACAUUACUGCAAUGAAAUAAAUGUGUAUUUACGAUAGUAUAAGUACCCAAGAACAGUAUGUAAAUAUAAAGUCCAUAGUAGAAUAUUUUUGUAAACGGCAUAUACUACAUGUACUGUAUUAUCUUGCUUCCUUUCACUUAUAAACAGCAUGAUCAUUUGUGUUAAUAGUUGUCAUUAUUCUGUUAUUUUUUGAGUUUUUUUUCCAUUUUCAUUGGGUUUUAUUAUAACAUCUGUGUUGCAUUUCUUGUUUUGUAUAUUUCCUACAGUGUUUUCAAGGGAAAUUAAAUGCAAUACAAAUGAAAUACUUUGAGUUAGCAUUCUGAGAGCUAUUUUGCUAUGUACUAUACUGUAUGUUGUUUUGGGCUGAUGUGUGUUCUUAAGAUAAAAUGAUGUAAAUAAAUCUCUUUAAGGAGCA